UAUCGAAUAAACGUCUCCAUAGUAAUAAAACAAAAAUUGCUUUUAAUUGCGAAUUUAUUCAUAUAAGUAGUGCUUAUUAAUACUUUUUUUAAGAAAAUUAAUAACAAUGGUGGAUAAAGAUCCUCAAUUAAGCGCUUUAGAGGUAGGCGAACUAGAUAUGUUUGUCGAAAGUAUGGAACCGUCUCGUAUAGAAAAUAUAGGAAAUCAAGCAUGGUUAGACUGGCAUAUUAGGCUGCAGAAACUUAACCAACAAGCUGUUUUAGAAGCCUCCUCUCUGCAAGAAGAAUUAACCAAAGAGACUCUUAUAUCAUGUGGGAAGUUGCCCGUAUUAAUUUAUGAAGCAAUAUGCAUACAAGUGUGGCGUAUAAAAAUAUACCCCCAGAUACUCAAGUUAGAGCCGGCGCCGGCUAAUACAUUCGGCAUUUAUAUGGUGUUGUACCACGAAGCAGCUGCAGUGGGUUUGUUGGAGACAGUGCUGUUCCACGAGGACGGCGCGCAGUGCAUCGCCGACGUAGUAGUGGACCUUCUCAACUAUGCCGUCGAACAACUCACCAGCUUGAUCGUCUUACUCGAAAACGGCUACCUGAAACCAGUGACCGCCAAGCAGAUGGAGUGCGAGACAGCUGUCGAGGAGCUGGACCGACAGAAGCGCGACCUACAAUUUGAUAUCAGCAUGAGGUGCAUCUCAAUUGUGCGUUACAUAGCGGAGCAUAUGGAGGCGGCCAGCGUGGGUGCAUCCAUAUCGACCAAUUUGUACAAAACCAACGACGUGCCCUCUUUACUGGCGCACCUUCUAAAACUGGAGCCGUGGAAGAGAACAGACGAGAAGGGCGACCUGCUCAUGUUUAAUUUCGGUCGUUGGAACAAGCCAAACGCUGAGGAAGCAGCUCAAUUACACCGCAGCGCCGCUCAACUGUGGCUGUGCUUACGGCAGCUGAUGCUGCAACCGCGUCUUCAACACUAUUACACGCUCGACGAGUGCCGCCGUGGCACGUUUUGCUCGCUUCAAUCAAAAAUAACCGAAGUGAUGCUGGACCAAAUACCGCCAUUAGGCGACCUCAAGAAUUUCCUGUGCAGGCUCUCGGUGGGGGAUUACUCCAGCCUCCACAACCAGACAAACGGUGUCAAGAACCCGGGGUGUACCCUGAUUGAGAUAGUGCCGCAGAUAAAAGAAGCAUAUAUGAAACAAAUACACAAACGCACAAAGUCCAUAGCUAAGGCUCAGCUGGAGAACUUCCACAUGGACGGGUCGGAAGAGUCUCGCAAGAUGGCGCGAAGGUUGCUCGACUCGUACACGAGUGACGCAGCGCUCGCACUUGACAGCGGCGGCGCAAAAUGCGCCCGUUGUGGAGACGCAGCUAGCAAGAAGUGUUCGCGUUGCAAGACUGAGUGGUACUGCGGCAGAGAAUGCCAAGUGCAACAAUGGCCAAAACACAAGGAGCUUUGCGACCAAUUUGCCAAACUUUGUGUUUAAACAAUAUUUAAGUAAGUCCACUUAGUAAAUCCUAUUUAAUUAUGUAUUCAUAAUUAUUAAUUAACUUUAUUGAUAUCUUAAAAUUGAGAAGGAUUUAAGGCAAUGGUGUGAUGAUUUAAUUAAUAAAAGUGAAGUUCAUUUU